AUGCAUUCCUCCCUCCCAACCUUGUUGCUCCUCUCCACCCCAAUCCACGCCAACACCAUCGCCCGAGUUUGGACACAUUUCUACCCAAGCUGUCCCGGCGAACCCUUCUCGAACCUCGACACAUACGAGAACUACGAAGAAACCGUACCAGCCGAAGAAAUCACCGUUGGCAGCUGCGCCAACAUCGGCGUCCCCUCCUACGAACACAACCUCGUCAGCGCCAUCUCCGUAGACGCGGAGCUCAUCUCCCACGAGAAAGGCCACCCCUACCCACCAGAAGGCGGACCAAACUGCAACAUCACCGUACACGAAGUCCCAGAAUGUGUCGACCCGCCCCUCAUCACGAAAGCCCUCCAAAACGGCGUCGAAGUCAGCGGAUGCGAACCACGUCAAUUCGCAGCCUACAGCGAAGUCUGGGUGCAGCUGGUCUGCGAGAGCAAGGGUUUUGAGUCCCUGCAGGUUUCAGGAGACGAUGCACCCCGUCUGGAUAAGACGGCUUCAACGCACAAUGUGAACAAUAUCCAAACUCCUGGCUCGGACUCGAACUCUUGGUCCAUGGCGCAGGAGCAACACUCUGAACGUCGACCUGAGGAUGAGAGUCGGGUCAAUGAAGCUGGGCAUUCUCAGAGCGACCAGGUCGUUCACGAUAUUAUGAUGCUGAUCCAAGAGAAGCAGUCGCAUGUUGCGGAUGAUAAGCAUAAUGCGACUAAGCACCAAAUUCACACUCCUCACGCGAAGCUGAAUCAGAAGAAUGCCAAUGCUACUGCUCCUGCAAACCGCACUGUUAUGUCGAGGAGGAAGCUGUCUGUGCUGCGCAACCGUGCUCGUCUUUAUUAA